CCAAUUUUUAUCUCUUGUAGAGGAAAAUUCAUUUUGAGGGACAUCAGACAUUUAUUUUCAUUCCGGAAGAGACAAGAACCGAGCAGAAGAAGAUACAAAGGAUCCCUUCUGCGAUUCUCGUGUGUUUCCAGGAACCCCAACAAAAAACAGCCUUAUAUUCAUUAAUUACGUUCGAAAAUGGUGGAGGGAGGAACAGUUUCCGCUGCAGAUAAAACCGAGUUCACAGAAUGCUGGAGGACGGCAUGGCAAACACCUUAUAUCAUGAGAUUAGCCCUCUCUGCUGGCAUUGGAGGCCUUCUCUUUGGCUAUGACACCGGUGUAAUUUCUGGUGCCCUCCUGUACAUACGAGAGGAUUUUAAAGCUGUAGAUAAGAAUACAUGGCUACAGGAAACCAUUGUGAGCAUGGCUGUUGCAGGAGCAAUAGUAGGCGCUGGAGUAGGUGGAUGGAUUAAUGAUAAGUAUGGGCGAAAAGUAUCGAUUUUGGUGGCUGAUUUUCUGUUCUUUGUUGGUGCAAUAAUUAUGUCAUUAUCUCCAGCUCCCUGGAUGAUCAUUUCUGGUAGAAUAUUUGUGGGAUUGGGAGUUGGAAUGGCAUCUAUGACUGCCCCUCUUUAUAUUUCAGAAGCUUCGCCUCACAGAAUCAGAGGUGCGCUUGUCAGUACAAAUGGGCUUCUCAUUACAGGAGGACAAUUUCUUUCUUAUCUUAUCAAUCUAGCUUUCACCCAUGUCAGAGGAACCUGGCGUUGGAUGCUCGGUGUUGCUGGUCUUCCUGCACUAGUUCAAUUUAUUAUGAUGUUGUCACUCCCCGAGUCUCCAAGAUGGCUUUACAGGAAUGGUAAAGAAAAUGAGGCAAGGUCCAUCAUAGAAAAAAUAUAUCCGGCUGGUGAAGUUGAAGGCGAGAUGCAUGCCCUGAAAACAUCACUCGAGCAAGAAAGGGCCUUGGAAGGUUCACUUGGGGAAGGCAACAUCUUUCAGAAAGUGAAACAAGCCUGGGCUAACGAUGUUGUUCGUAGGGGACUAUAUGCUGGUAUUGCAGUUCAGGUGGCUCAGCAGUUUGUGGGUAUUAAUACUGUAAUGUAUUAUAGUCCAACCAUAAUACAGUUUGCAGGAUUUGCAUCAAAUAAGACAGCUUUGGCACUUUCCCUUAUUACCUCUGGUCUAAAUGCCAUCGGAUCGUUAGUUAGUAUGGGUUUUGUGGAUCGACAAGGAAGGAGGAGACUUAUGAUCAUUUCUAUGAUUGGAAUUAUUACCUGCCUUGUGACAUUAUCUGCUGUGUUUUACCGAGCUUCUGCCACUUCCCCACAUAUCAGCAAUUUCGAGUCUGCACACUUUGGUGGAAACUCUACUUGCCCUAGUUACGUGAAUGCUGCAGAUGCAUCAUCCUGGAACUGCAUGACAUGCUUGCAGGAAGACAGCUGCGCAUACUGCUCAAAUGGAGCCAGCAAAUAUGGUGCUGGAGCUUGUCUAGCUUCCACUGAUGCAAUAAAAGGUGCAUGCAGAUCCGAGAAUCGGAUAUGGUACACAAAGGGAUGCCCAAGCUCGAUUGGAAUCUGGGCAGUUUUAUUCCUUGGACUCUAUAUCAUUGCAUACUCACCAGGAAUGGGAACUGUACCCUGGAUUGUAAAUUCCGAGAUCUAUCCAUUGAAGUACAGAGGCAUUGGUGGAGGAAUUGCUGCAGUCUCAAACUGGACAUCAAAUCUGAUAGUGAGCGAGACAUUUUUAACAUUAACUGAAGCUCUUGGCUCUGCCGGUACCUUCCUAUUGUUUGCCGGGUUCUCCUUCGUUGGACUAGUCGCCAUUUUCUUCCUUGUACCUGAAACUAAAGGAAUGCAAUUUGAGGAAGUGGAAAAGCUGUUACAGAAAGGAUACUCACCCUUUAGGAAACGGAAUAGUGGGGACGACGACACCACCAAUUAACUGUUUGAACAUACAGGGCUCAACUCGGCUAGACUAGACUGAUAAGAGGAGCAUUAUUGCCUUCUAGGGUUUCAACGUGCCAUUUAAAAAAAUUGGAAAAUAUAAUUUUUUUGGUGAGCAUACUUCUUGGUUCAUUUUGUGGAUAUGUCUAGUUUGUUCACAAACAAGCUACGGAUAAUGUGAAUAAAAUCCAAUUUAUUCACAAUAAUAAGAUGAGGAAACUCAUUUUUGAAUGGACAAUUUUCUACUUUGAUGAUGACACAAAUUUUAAUCCUCUUACACAAUGGAACAUUUUCCAAUCAAAGAUACAAACAGAGUCGUGUAACACCAAUACUCCUGCACUCUUUAUUCAACUCCAGAUAUCCAUGGCAUCAACAUAAAUCAUUAUUUCUCUUGGUGACAAAUCAAAUUUCAGAACGUGACUUUCAAUCUUGGCCUUCAACUUAACCCAGUCAAGAUUGGUCUCCUAGAUUUGGCUGCUUGAGAAAUGUAUGGCAAAACACGCUUACCAGUUCUGGCAAUCAUAAUCAGCUCUAGGUUCACCUUUCAUAGGACGCAAGAACUAAAUGUAACGGAAUUGGAAAUGCCAAGGCAUUAUCAAACUAACUGAGAUUUUGCAGGGUUUUCAGAUACAAGAACACAAUAAGCAGAUUAUGGCUUCACAAGCUUGCAAUAAGCUACAAAACUACUUAGACAAGAACUGCUGCUAGUUUGUAAGCAUGUACUUAGUUCCUCUUUUAUUUAAGCACAACCGGGAAAGUAAACUACUUCGGAUUGCUAACUUGAAAUCUUAAAAUAACAUGUCAAAUCAAAAACUACAGGAACCACCGAAUUAAGAACCAAAUAAUAUAGCAGUGUAGCUACAUCUCAGAUUCCAAUCUACAGGACUUCUCAUUUGCAAUAGUUUGAAAUAUUAUGCAACUACUCGCAAAAAACAGAAGCGAAAGGAGAAGGAAAUUACUUAUAGCGCUAAAGUUUUUUUCUGCAACAAGCAAAUAACCAGGGGAAAGCCAAGGGGAAAGGAUAAAAAAGACACAAUAAGUUCAUUCAUCUUGUGACAGGUGAAGAAGUCGGUAAGAAAUAAGCAAUAAGGCUAACAUGGAGAGCAGCGUGAAAAUUGAAGAGUGGAAAAAAAUUUAUUGACAGCCACCGUUACAAUAGCACUGAACAAAUAUGCUAGUUAACCUAGACAGAAUUAUGAAUUUUUAAAUAAAGUAAAUUACAUUCCGAGACAGGAAAACAUGGGUUGGAGGUUGCCAUAAGCCAAUAAAUCCCAACAGAGCUAACCACAUGAGCCGUAGUUCCCCUUCCCCUCAACCAGAACUAAAAGUUUGAAAGCUCAAUAAAGAAAGUACAUCAUGAUCUCACUUAAGUAAUUCCCAAAUUCGAUGACAUAUCUCACAGAGCGAGUUGUUGUCACACCGAUCAUCAACCCACAUCAUUUUUGCGUGAGUGAUCCAUGAUCGUCAAACUAACAUCAAAUAAUCCUUCACUACAUAAAUUUGAAGAUGCGAAAAAGAAAUAAUCCUUAAAAAUUUAUAAAACCGUGGACAAGGAGAAAAAAAUGUCACACAUAAUAAGCAUAAAAUCAAAAAGUGCAAAAGGCAAACUUUUCAAGAUCACAUUUAAAGGAGUUGCAGAAGAGAAAACGGGAAACUUUAGGAUUCCCAUGAUCAAUAUUAAGAAGAAAAGUAAGAACUUCCUACAUCACGAACAGAAAGUGCAAACUUCAAGAUACACAGAAUCGAAAGAAUUUUUCGCUAAAUGAAAUUUGAAGAACUUCUCCCAACAAUGGAAACACCAAACAGACACUACUAAUUCGUAAAAUCGGUAAUAUUUUCAGAAAAUUUGGUAAACUAGGAGCACGGUGAAAAUCCACAUAAAGCAGAUUAAGACAUCAUUCUUGCAAAUAAUUCAAAGAAAACAAAAAAUAAAUAAACGAAAACCAAAACUUUGCAUCGUCGCCGAGAAACAUCAGAUAUUUCGAAAUAAGAAAUAAUCAAAGGGGAAAAUUGAUAAAAUUAAAAAAAGAUAGCUCAGCGAAAUCGAGGAUCACUACACGCAAAAUGAUACAAGUUAGAUGCUCGAAUUUUGUCCAGCCCUCCAAGUACGCAUAUACAUGUGUUUCUGUGAGAGAGAAAAGGAGUGGAUGAAGAAGCGAAAGCCUGUACAGUACGCUGAGUUGACAGCUCCGUUAGGGUUUUAUCGCCCGCCGGAAGAUAGGAUCGCAAACGGUAGUAUCCAAAGUUUGACUUAGUCACUGGAAAUUGUUUUAUAUCAAUUUAAUCACCAGACCCAUUAAAAUUAGGAAAAAA